CAAAGUAUUCAUAUAUACUUUUAUCCUCUAGCCACCUUAUUGUUGUCCUACUUAGCCAGCUAUACCAAAUUUACGAAAUGGCUGCUGCCAACACCCACCACCUUCACUCAGUAUCAAAAAUUGGGAUUAUAGGGGCUGGUAUUAGCGGAAUCGCCGCCGCUAAACAGCUUUCAGGCCACAGUCCGGUGGUUUUUGAGGCCACUGAUUCCAUCGGGGGUGUUUGGAAACACUGUUCUUACAAUUCUACCAAACUUCAAACCCCUCGUUGCGAUUUUGAGUUUUCUGACUACCCUUGGGCUGAGAGAGACAAUUCAUCUUUCCCUUCUCAUGUAGAGGUUUUGGAGUACUUGCAUGGCUAUGCCACACACUUUGACCUAUUUAAAUAUGUCAAGUUCGAGUCCAAAGUGGUGGAAAUACGUUAUGUUGGUGGUAUUGAUGACCAUCAAACCACCACCCAAUUUCCCAUGAAUUCGACCUCCGGGGAGUAUGGUGGCCUUUUGAAUGGCCAUCUUGUUUGGGAGGUCGCUGUUCAGAUGUCCAGCAAUCCAAACAUCAUUCAGUGGUAUGCAUUCGAGUUCAUUGUAGUUUGCAUUGGAAAAUAUGGAGACAUACCAAGAAUGCCAAGUUUCCCGCGCAACAAAGGUCAAGAAGUAUUUCAAGGCAAAGUCUUGCACUCCCUGGAUUACUCUAAGCUUGACCAACGAGCGGCUCGUGAGCUCCUGCAAGGCAAGAAAGUUGCAGUUAUUGGCUACAAGAAGUCAGCUAUUGACGUGGCAGUUGAGUGCGCAGAGGCAAACCAUGGACCCGAUGGGCAGGCAUGCACAAUGGUGAUAAGGACUCUACAUUGGACAGUUCCAUCUUACUGGAUUUGGGGGCUUCCAUUUUUCCUGUUUUUUUCGACAAGGUCUUCUCAAUUCCUCCACGAAAGGCCAAACCAGAGCUUAUUCCGAGCCUUGUUUUGCCUUCUUUCAUCGCCUAUGAGGAUGGUAAUUUCCAAGUUCAUAGAAUCGUACUUGGAGUGGAAGCUUCCCCUUGUGAAGUAUGGACUAAAGCCUGAUCAUCCAUUUUUGGAGGACUAUGCUUCAUGCCAGAUGGCUAUUUUACCGGAAAAUUUCUUCGCCGAGGCGGACAAGGGCAAAAUAUUGUUCAAAAGGUCGUCAAAGUGGUGGUUUUGGAGCGGAGGAAUUGAAUUUGAAGACAGUACCAAAUUGCAGGCUGAUGUUGUGCUUCUUGCAACUGGCUAUGAGGGAAAGCAAAAGCUCCAAUCCAUAUUGCCUGAGCCUUUCCGCAGCCUCAUGGUUGACUCCUCUGGCACUAUGCCCUUGUAUCGGGGUACGAUUCAUCCAUUGAUUCCCAACAUGGCAUUUGUGGGAUUCAUAGAGAGUGUUUCUAACCUGCACACAGCAGAGUUGAGGUGCAAAUGGCUAGGAAGAUUGGUUGACAACAAAUUCAAGCUUCCCACUGUCCAAAAAAUGCUUGAACAGAUAGGCAGAGAGAUUGAAGUGAUGAAGAAGACGACCCGAUUUUACAAGAGGCACUGCAUUUCAACUUUCAGUAUCAACCACAGCGACGACAUUUGUGAAGAGAUGGGAUGGAAAUCUUGGCGGAAAAGUAACUGGCAUUCAGAAGCUUUUAGCCCCUAUAACAGCCGAGACUACGAAGAAGAAGAUUAAAACCGAAACAUGCAAUUUGCACUACAAAGUGGGCAAAGUUUGUUUUAAAGCGUCAAUAUCAGCUCCCUUUAAAUUUUAUUAAAGUAACU